AUGGAGCCCGUGGGUGCCUGGGGCCCUGUGCAGGUGGCCGCCUGGCUCCGAGGGCUGGACGCGGCGGUGCAGGGGUACCCCUUCGAGGCCUGGGGGCUGGCGGGGCCCGACCUGCUGGGGCUGUCGGCGGGGGCCCUGGAGGCGCUGGGCGUGUGGCGCCUGGGGCACCAGGAGCUGCUGCUGGAGGCCGACGCGGGGCUGGUGAGCACCAGCCUGCGGACGCUGACGGAGAGGCUGCGGGAGCUGGCGCAGGGCACCCAGAGCUUGGUGCUGGGGGGGCUGCCGGCGGGCACUGCCUCCCAGCCACCUCCCCUCACCCUCCUGGCCCACGUCGUCGACCUGGUCGGGGCUGCCAAGGGGCUCUUCUCCUGGCUCAACAGGUCCGGGGCGGGUGAGGGCACCCGUGGGUGCUGGGUGCCCCCGGCACCUGGGGCUGAGCUCUCUGUCCCCUCCAGGUACCUCUUCUCCACCCUCAACGACUUUUCGGCCAGCCGGGACAUUGUCCCGCUCUGCGCCCAGCUGGCGGAGACGCUGCAGGCGGACUGUCCCGCGGCUGAGAGGGACGGCCGGAUCCUGCGGAUUGUAAGCGCUGGGUGAGGAGGGGGUGGCAGGCAUGGGGGGCCCGGUGCUGCCAGGGCCCCCCUCAGACCCCGCUGUCACCCGCAGUGCCAGCACAUCGUGGGCAUCUGCGAGAGCAUCGUGGGCUGCAGCCCCCCGGCGCUGCUGGACUGCAGGGCUGUGCUGCAGCGCGUGGGGCUGUCGCUGCCCCCCGGCCCGCGGGGCAGCCCCCCGAUGUCCCCCGACCCCCCGGCGCUGCCGCCUGCUCGCACCCCCUGCACCCCGCUCACGCCUCCCUCCCAUCCCCCCCAGGGCCUCGAGAUCACCUCCACCAGCUCCUGCCUGCACUUCGUGUCUGCGACCACCUCGGAGGCCCUGGCUGCCCACGGGGGCUGUGUCCUACCCGGAGACGAGAUCGUGCAGGUCAACGAGCAGGUCGUGGUGGGUUGGACGCGCGUCAACCUGGCAAAGAAGCUGCUGGAGAAGGCGAGCGGGGUGACGCUGGUGCUGAAGAAGAUCCCUCUGGACCUGCUCGGCUCGCCCCCCUCUCCCAGGCAGCAGCUCCCAGGAGCAUUUUCGGAUGCUGUGGAUCCCCCCGGCACCAGGAGCAGCGAGUGCCCGGGCAGCCCCGUGUCCCUGACCUCCAGAAUGGAAAGGCGUGCGCGGAACUGGCGGCAGUGCGGGCGAGCCGGGCAGAAGCCAUCGGGCUGGGCUUGGACCCUGCCGGGGAGCGCGGAGGCCGGUGGAGCCGGUGUUGAGCCACCGCCGCCACGUUGCCUCCAGCCCUGCUCCUCCUCGGGCAGGGAGAACCACGGGUGCCCCAAGCAAGUGUGGGGCUGGCUGGAGCCUGAAAGCGGGACCCCCGUGGCGGCCGAGGGGGCUUGCAGCUCAGGGAUCCCUUUAUCCCCCAGCGCUGCUGCCGACUUGGACUCGGGGCCGGACUCGGUGCCAGACCCUGCCUCCGACGAAGAGGACGGAGAGGACGAGCAGGACCUGAGGCUGCCUGGGGCGGCCGUGGGGGAGCUGCGGGUGCUGCCUGGCCGCGGUGCUGCGGAGGAGGAGGCAGCGUGGGAGGGUGGCACCCCGCCGGGCACCUCGUGCUCCCCGGGCACCCUCGCUGCUGCCGGACCCUGCGCCGCGGAGCUCAGCCCCACGGCAGCCCCUGCCGCGGGGGCUGAGGGCAGAGAGCCCAGCCGGCUCCCCGGGGAGGGCAGCCCCCAGACGGGACGCAGACCAAAAGGAGUGGCGACCAGGCUGAGCCGCCGGCGGGUCUCGUGCCGGGACCUGGGCCGGGUGGACUGCGAUGGCUGGCUCCUGAAGAAGAAGGACCACGUGGCCUUCAUGGCCCAGAAGUGGAAGCGGUGCUGGUUUGUGCUGAAGGGCCACACGCUCUACUGGUACCACCACCCCAACGAUGAGAAGGCUGCAGGUCUCAUCAACGUGGCCACCUACGACCUGGAGAGCACGAGGGAGCAGAAGAAGAAAUACGUGUUCCAGCUCUCCCAUCAGAGAUACAAGCCCUUCGUCUUUGCCGCAGAAACGCUGGCUGAUUUGAGCAUGUGGGUCAGUCGCCUGAUAACAGCCAAAACGAAGUAUGCGCUGGCCCACCAGUCGGUCCCGGACAGGGAGGAAGACUGCUACAGCGAGACAGAAGCUGAGGACCCCGAUGACGAGUGCCCCAGGCAGGGCUGCGACUCGCCAAAGAAGAAGCUGCAAAAUGCCCCAGAGAAAGCGCAGCUCUUCCCGGCCGGCAGCGAGCCCAGCAGCGCAGCCAGCAGCCCCCAGGGCAGCCCCCGGCCCUGCUCGCCCAUGGACCCCGCCGAGGAGGAUCUCGAGUGCCUGAUGCGGUGCCUGAAGCAGGGGGGGGUGUCCCUCAUUGGGCGGCAGCGGUUCCUGACGCAGGAGCAGUGCCGCAAGUCCUUCGUCCGGCGCAACAAGAACCCCUGCAUCAACGAGAAGGUGCACGCGGUGCAGCUGGUGGAGCUGCAGGAGCUGGAGCAGCUGCUCAGCGACGCCGCGCUCACCUCGGAGAAGUUCACACGCUGGAAAGAAGAGCACCAGGAGCUGUACCAGGAGCUGCAGGAGUGGUGGGCACGGCAGGGGGGCCGGGAUGGCGACAGGGGGCUCGGGGCCGAGCACAGCCCCCCCGAAGAGGCGGCCGAACCCUGA